GAAGCUCAAGGACGAAGCCGCUGGUCGGCAAUUCGAGGUCUUUUACCUUUUGUUCUUCAAUCCGCAUUUGAUGUUGUGCAGGGACUAAGCGAGGGGCCAAAUCCAGGUCUUUAAUGGAGGAGAAGAAGAAGAAGAAGGAGGUGGUGGUAGGGGCCAAGACAGGACAGGAUGGAGUGGAGAGUGGUCAAAAGGACAAGUUUGCAGACGUUGGAGCACUAAAGACAGAACCAAAGACGAAGAGGCGCUCCUCUGGGGCCAAGGCAGGACAGGAUUCGGAGGAAGCAGAGCCGACUGUGGUCGACGAGGACCGUCGAAAGGACAAGUCUGCAGUCGUCGAAGAUGAGGGAGGAGCACCGAAGACAGCAAAGAAGAAGAGGCGCAAGACAUCCUCGGGGGCUCAGGAUUCGGCGGAUGCAGAGCCGAUUGUGCUCGAGGAGCACUAUCAAAAGGACAAGUCUGCUGUGGUGCCAGAUGGAGGAUCACCCAAGACGACAGAUAAAAAGAAGAAGCGUAAGAAAUCUCAGGAGCCUGAAUCGUCGGGAAGGAAGAUAGGUGUUAUUAUUGCGGAGGAGGAGCAGGAACCAGAAACCUUAUCCUGGCUUUACGAGAAAAUAGAGGAUCCGAAUCAGUUCUUCCACAAGUUAUUGCCACCGUCAAGUGCACAGCAAGUUGUGCGGGCACUUGAAGAUGUGUCACCUUCUUAUUAUCUCCAGCGCCUGGAAGAUUUUCAAUCCCUCUCGCCGGACAUGCUUCCAAUCCUCCAAACAGUUCGUCACAUCGGCGAACAUGUUCGCCUCAUCUCGAUGGCAUGGCAGCGGCACAAGAAAAUCGUGCAGCGAUUCAGCAACUUAAACAAGGAGGAGGCUUUGAUCCAGCUCUGCGAUCCAUCGCGCUCGAAUAAGCUAGAGCUUCCGAGCUUCUCAGCCACCAAGUUCUCUCCACCACUGUCCUUCGAUUUCGUUGGCCGUUCAAAGCUCCGCCCACUACUCCAACGAAUCAAAGUUAAAAGUGAUAUCCACUUCCGAGGCCAUCCGGGUAGAGGCAAGUCGUAUGUUUUGGCAGCCCUGGCGAGCUAUCUUCACACUUACGAGCAAGAAUGCGGGGUGGUCGUUUAUAUCCUUUUGUCACGGCUGGUUCAGACGGAGCAGAAGCUGACGUAUGUUUUGCAAGCAUUGCUUCUGGGCUUUGCUCGACACGGGGAAAAACAACUGGAGAUUCUGGCCUGCGACAGCAUGGAAAAGCUCGAAGAGUUCUGCGAGAAGGAAAGGCCUUUGUUUCUAAUCGAUGAGGGAAAUGCUCUGGACGUGGACAAGAAAAGGACCUUGUCGAGUGAAGAGGAUCGUCGCGUUACGAAAAAAUAUUUAAGCUGGAUUGUCAACAGAGCGGUCUGGUGCACAACGUUCAAGUCUGAGUUCAUGCCAACGAAUAUUGGGUUUUUUCCUCCAUUCAAUCAGCCAUUCGAUGACAAAGAGUUCGCUUCCUGGCUAUCCGGCUAUAACUUCAAAGAACUGGACAUCAACGAUCUCCUAUUCUACACUGGUCUCAUACCUCGACUCCUGGCCGAGUUUGUUGGCAAAGGUGAUGCACCUGAGGAAGUGCUUUACAGAAGGGACUUGUAUAUUGCAGACAUGAGUCGGGUGUUCCAGUAUUUUGUCGAGCGUAUGACUAUGGAGGAGGCCGACGCUGUUGAGAAAGUUUUGGACCUGAGUUUGGAGGAGAUUGGAAGUCUAAAGCUCCCUCCUGAUAUCUUCUUCGAGCGGACCUUUGGCAGCAAGACAGUCGUCUCAGUCCUUCCUUUUCUGGAGAAUCGCCUACGGAUCUUGAUGGCCGAAAAGCGGAGGCAAGCGGGCCGUGAGAAAGACAUACAGGAGUUCGAGAUGCAAUUGUUGAGGAGCAGGAGACUUAUGAAGAUGGAUUCGGAUCGUCAGCCGAACUCGUCCCUCAACGCUUGGCUGGCGGCAGGCCUUGUUCGAGAGUACAUUCGUCUGAAGAAUAAGUUCCUGACCUGGAAAUUUGAUACUUUCGAAGUUUACGAGGAAGGCUUGGAAGGGAUAGCACUGGAGCAGGUGUCGAUUGACCGUCUGAGAAAGGGAGUGUGCUUCGUCACUGCAAGUAGUUUUGACAUCGUGAUCGCCAUUAUGGCCGCUGACGAGAAAUCCCUGGACAUCCACCCCGUGCAGAUAAGCGUUUCAAGCUGGAAUAUGAAGAAAGUCAUGGAUUCGUACAACGUGUGGAGCGGGGAGACGAUGAAGGAAUGGUCCCAUCCAUCCUGUACCACAAGGAGUCUAGACUUUACAUAUGUUCUCACCAACACUGAAGGAGCCAACGUGGAUAAGGUGACGUUGAAGACAUUUGCAGACGUUGGCAAGUGUUUAGCCUUCAUCGACAAACUAGUUAUUCCCCAGUGGAAGCCUUGUUAGUGUCUUUAGUGUGUGGUUUUUUUGUGUGCGAGUCUGGAAGAAUUUUUAUUGCAAUGAACACUUGGACCGACCCAUGGCUUUACAUUUC